ACCAUGAUGGCGAUGUUUAUGCAUAAGUGGGGCAUUAAAUGGGCAGAGGAAGAUCUGAGAUCCCUUUAAAGGCAUUGGGGAGCUGGAGAGGAAGGAUCUACAGCUUUGGCAGUCUGAAGAGCUGGCCCUCUCCCCUCCAGGAUACAGUGACCCAGUGAAACUCGGAGCGACAGGAGAGGGGGCAGGGGCCUGAAUUUGGCUCCAGCAACCUCUGCAGGGAGCCGGGAGAGGCGGGGAGCUGGGAGGGGCGUAGAAAUCCCGGUCGUCAGAGGACUGCAGGUGUCAGGCCGAGUUGGUGUAGGCCCGGCAGUUUGCUGCAUCUGGAGGAGCUCACUGGAGAAUCUCCAACAGCGGAGCGGGCCUUCAACUACCUCUUCCCUCCAAACCCUCAGCGAAGCAUGUACCCGCCACCCCGCCGAGCCCAACCUCUUUGAUUCCUGGAGCCCUCAAAGCUAUGCAGGGGGCGAGCCAUUAGACAUUUCGGAUCUCACCACCUGCUGAGGGGCAAAGCCCUUCCAGACUUGAAGCACACAUUGAGCACCAGAGGCCCCAUGACCCUGGACAGGCCAGGAGAGCGGGCCACCAUGCUGUGGACAUUCACUGUCUUGCUCUUUUGCAUUCGGCUAAGUCUGGGUAUGACAUCAAUAGUGGUGCAAUCUCAACCGGAGCUGUGGAUAGAGACCAACUACCCCCAGGCCCCUUGGGAGAACAUCACACUUUGGUGCAAAAGCCCCUCUCGGAUUUCAAGCAAGUUUCUGCUGCUGAAGGAUAAGACACAGAUGACUUGGAUCCGCCCUUCCUCCAAGACCUUCCAAGUUUCAUUCCCUAUAGGUGCCCUUACUAAGUCCAAUGCAGGUCUUUACAGGUGCUGCUACUGGAAGGAGACAGGCUGGUCAGAACCUAGUAAAGUUUUAGAGUUGGAGGCACCAGGCCAGCUGCCCAAGCCCAUCUUCUGGAUCCAGGCUGAGACCUCCCUUCUUCCUGGAUGUAAUGUUAACAUUCUCUGCCAUGGCUGGCUGCAGGAUUUGGUAUUCAUGCUGUUCAAAGAGGGAUAUGCAGAGCCCAUGGAUUACCAAAUCCCAACUGGGACAGUGGCCAUAUUCUCCAUUGCCAACAUGACACCUGAGAGCAAAGGGGUUUACAUCUGCCGCACUCAUAUCCAGAUGCUCCCCACUCUGUGGUCAGAGCCCAGCAACCCCCUGAAGCUGAUUGUGGCAGGUGGGUGUGGCUAUGGCUGCUGGGGUCUGAUGAUCGUUGUCCCUGGGAUCAUGGCUGGAUGAACCAGGGUUUCUGAUUUUCCUUUCCUUAGUCAAGUCCUAGGUCUUGCAAGGCCUAUGAGCUAGUGUCAUUUGACAUUUUCCUGAGAUGCAAAUUAGAAUCACAUAUGCUACCAGGAAGCUAUGUGGGAGCCAAUCACUUGGCUAAUGAGUGAGCCCAACCAAAUGUCUGGCAGCUUCAGCUCAUCACAGCUUUGUUGUUCUCUACUUGUUGAAUAUCAUGCUUUCAUUCAUUCAUUUGACUAAUAUUUAUUGAGCACUUACUAUGUGCCAGGCACUGCCACUGCAGUCUUAUAAACUGUUUUUUACAUUUUAAAUGCAUUUUUAUUGUAUUUGUGAUGAUUAUUUUUACGUGCAGGAAAUAGAAUUGUGCUAGCAUCAAUGAUAAAAAUAAAUAAAAGUUACAAAAAGUGAUAGCUCGUAUUUUAGAAAUGACUUCUUAUAAAUUACUUUAGUCCUGUAUAUGUAGAUCUAGUAAGGCAGUAUCAAGAUCUAGACACAGCAGAAGUCUCCCCAAAAUGUUCAAAUGCCAGACACACACCCCAGCCCCAGUUCACCCACCCCAUGGCCUGGAUGCUUUUACACAGAAUUGGCCACAUUUGCUUUAGUUCCUCCAUUAGUCUAAAUAGGUGCCACAGAAGGUACCCUGGACUUAGAAGCAGUAAUCUUGGUUUCUAAUUCCACCUCUGACACUGCCUCCCUGUGUGAUCUUAAGCAAGUCACUUCACCUCUCUGUGCUUCGGUUUCCCCCACUCUAAAAUGGGAUAACAGUAUCUAUACAACCUACUGUAUGAUGCCUCUCUGUGCCUCAGUUUCCUGAUUUGCAAAAUUGGUAUA